AGUUGUAAACGCGAAGCGCGUGCUGGAAAAGCCGAGGCGUUGGAUUGAGAGCGGCGCGAGCACCGGAGACCAGCAGAGGCAUCACUCGUCACAACAUCCAGCCUCUCAUCCGACUUUUUUUUAUUUAUUUGGAUGCGGUUUUCCGUGAUAUCGUUAAAGUCUGAAUAGUGACGAGAGGUACAAGUCGAGCUCCUUAGUGAGGCUUCUGAUCUCCCGUGUUGGGGGCAGUUACUAUUGCCCCUCGGCGGGGGACCUCGGUAUUAUCAUUUGGGUUAUCUGGGAGGCAAAACCGUUGCCUCUCACCGCGUGUUAGUGAAUUUUUUAUCUUCGGCGUAUUUAGUCGUUUUUUUGUGAGACCUUAGAUCAGGUUAGACUGGACCUUUAAAAAGGUGUUACACUGCUGCAGCUCUUUGUGUGGCUUUAGUUUCGUGUCCUCGUCGCAGCGACCCUACGUGCAGCACUUCUAGCUCCACGACAUGUGCUCCCGGGUGUGGUUUGUGACAGACCGGCGGAUCAGCCAGGAAUACCCGCAGGUUCAGAUCCUGCGAGCCUUGAAGGAGCGCUGCGUCGAGGACGAUGUCGAAUUCCGCUAUCUUCUGAUGGAUGAGAUCGUACUGACCAUCACGGACGGACAGCUUGGUCUGCGGGUCGGCCAGGAGACCGUGACCUCAUUCCCGCAAGUUGCUGUGGUGCGUGUUCCGACCCCGUGGGUCCAGUCGGACAGUGACAUCACAGUUCUGCGUCACCUGGAGAAGAUGGGCUGCCGCCUGGUCAACCGGCCACAAGCAAUCCUUAACUGCGUCAAUAAGUUCUGGACCUUCCAGGAGCUCGCCGGCCACGGAGUCCCUUUGCCGGACACGUAUUCGUAUGGGGGACAUGACAACUUCCGCAAGAUGAUCGAUGAAGCCGAGCCGCUGGGUUACCCUGUGGUGGUGAAGAAUGCUCGUGGACAUAGAGGUAAAGCUGUGUUUUUGGCCCGGGACAAGCAUCAUCUAUCAGACCUGUGUCACCUGAUUCGUCAUGACGCCCCAUACUUGUUUCAGGAGUAUGUUAAAGAAAGCCAUGGACGAGAUGUGCGAGUGGUUCUGGUGGGGGGUAGAGUGAUCGGAUCCAUGCUGCGUUGCUCUACAGACGGGCGCAUGCAGAGCAAUUGUUCGUUGGGUGGCGUGGGAAUGAUGUGUCCCCUCAGCGAGCAUGGAAAGCAGCUAGCCGUCCAGGUGUGCAAUAUUUUGGGAAUGGACGUGUGCGGAAUCGACCUAUUGCAGUUAAACGACGGCUCCUUCCUGGUGUGCGAGGCCAACGCCAACGUGGGCUUCAUCGCGUUCGAUCAGGCGUGCGGAAUGGACGUGGCGGGCAUCUUGGCCGACUACGCCCUCUCCCUGCUGCCGAGCCGGCUCAGCAGGAAGAUGUCCCUUCUCUCUGUGGUCUCCAGCACCAGCGAAACGAGCAGCGAGCCGGAGGUGUGUAUUCCCACCGAGGUCAUAAUCCCCACAGAGGUGUGCAUCCCCAACGAGAUCUGCCCUCCCGGCGCCACCUGUGCCCUCCCCGACGGGGUCUCCACCAUGAGCACAAGCUCCACCUCCAGCGAGAGCGAGGCAGAUCUAACCGAAACGGGUCCCGCCCCUGUCGCUGCGGACCCUGCCUACAAUAUCAACUCUCUUCUGGCGAGUGAGAUUUAACUGUUGACUGAGUGAGCUGGAAUGCCAGCAUCGCAUACACAUACAUUGAAGAGCGCGACACACACAUACUGAAACGGACAUGAUAAAUACAGGUGCACACAUGUAAUUAAAUUAACCCUCCCUGUAAACCCCUGAGGCUGCUCCCCUGAUGUUUCUCCAACAUUGACAGACUAUAGAUUCAUACAGUGCAGUUUGGAAACGCACAAGAUCGUGUACUCUCCAGCUUGGCUGUAGUGCACCAGCUAAAUAUGUGUUUGCCACUGUAAUAUGAGGGCGCAUGCAGUGUAGAGAGGUUUAUUGGGACCAGACUCCCAAAUGUAAUUAUUCUACAUUCCAACUGGAUUCUAAUGUACAUACUUUUGGGUAAGGACACACACACACACGCUCAAGGACAUAUUAAAAUCUGUAUUAUAGAGUGAAUGAAUUUUGUCUGUUACAAACCUUUUGGUGAAGGCCGGAUAAAGGUAUAAUGCAUUUUCUAUGUGGGCAAGUGAGAAAUGGACCCACAUUUAACUACCUGUUGGCAUGCAGCACCCCGUAUACAGAAAUGUAAGAGGUAUAGCAAAACUGAAACUGGAAAGCUGCAUUUAUUCUGUCCAGAUUGCAAUUAGACCCCGUCAUCUAUUUUAAAGCAUGAAUGAGUAUUUUAGGCUGUUGCAAUGGCUACCUGUAGUUAAUGAAUUACUGCUGAUCAGACUAGCGAGAAAACUGUGACUGACUGUGGGAUCGGUUUUGUAUGACCUUUUUAAUAUAUAUGCGUGAGGAUGUGGCCCCUGAUCUAUCGUCAUGUGCAUCUCUUGCUUUGUAAUUCUGUAAAUGGGGCGGCCAUUUUAAAACCCCCUGUUGUCCACCAUUUUGAACUGGUUUAAGCACUCGGUGUUCUCACAUUAAUCUUACUUUAGGCAUGUGAUGUACAAAUUCAUUUUCCAAUGUCAGGUAUUCAAAUCUCCGAAUGACCACGUCAAUCUGCAUGUUUGCCACACCAAAGGCAAAUUGCUCCCACAUCUUCGAGACUGAAUGGCGAGUUGCAUAGCAAUAGAGAAAGUAGAUUUUAAAUACUAAUGUUUUUACCACAAGGGCUGAACGUUUUGCCAACACUAAACGCUGAUGAUGGAUGAGGUAUUUGUCUUCAACGAUUUGUUUGUACAACAAUAUUGCAACAAUAAACUAAAGUGUCAACUCGAAUGGGUGCUACAACUUCUCUUAAUUCAGCCCAGUGGAUUUAAAACCAGUCAUGCGUUUUAUUGAAUAAAAAACGAUUGUUUACUUGUUUUAAAAAGCAGCUUUAUCUGUAAGCAACAGAAUUAUUCAUUUCUGGAAAUGCCACCAGAAAUCCAAAAAUACAGAUUAAAUCAGUUUUGGCACAUUUGCGAGUACAUUUAAGUUCACGUUGAGUCUUAACAUGGACGGAAUAUAACGAUAAACCUCAUGUUCACCAUGGACCAAGCUCAUGAUCCAAGCCAGCUCAGAAUGGUUUACAAUGGUAGUCACAGUUUUUAGAUGAAUAACAAUGGGAUUCACACUUUGGUUUCAAUUCUGCAUCAAAAUAGGAUGUGCAACCGUUUACAUUGACUCAAACUAGAUUUAGAUUUACAGCUAACUCAGGGAAGCAGCCUUGAUCAAAUUCCUCACCUUGGAAAUGUGACAUUCAUGCUAUCCAGUCCUGCCUAUGUGUAUCAAUAAACAAAAGUACAAACAUUUUAAUGAAAUGCAUCCUGUGGGACCUGAUGGUUACAUGCACUCUGUUCUUGUUUGUUUUAUAUUUAGUGUUCUGUUGUCUUUUCCUAAUUUAUAUUUUAGCAUUCUUGGAAAAAGGUAAAAACUGGUUUGUAAUGAGUCUUAUUGAAGAGAUGUUUACCACCUGAGACGUGCACACACACACACACACACUUCUCACCACCCUCUCAAGUGUUGUGAUAUGCUGUCUAGUGUGUGUGAGAUGUGUUUCAUAGUUCCAUUCAACCAGCGAUGUGCUCCCUUCACCUCAUCCCACACAAACACGAGUGUCCCUGUAAAUUCUGACACUUUGCAGUGUUCGGUAUAGCACACAAUAUGUCGGACUCUUAAACCCUCUGAAUCUUUAAGUAGAACAGAUUUUUUUUCUCCCCAAUGUUUAAUGUCAAAUCUGUGAUCAAAACAUUUUGUGUGCAAAAUUGAUUUAGGUUGGAGAUAAAACUCCUAUGAGAAAAGAAAUUGUGCCUGAACUGAAUGUUCGAAUGUGGUCAUAGUCACAGUAAAGUUUGGAUCAAUAAGGUACCAUCACAUUGGAAUUAACGAUUUUACUCAUUGGCCAUUGAGGUAACAAAGUAAAACCAAACCAACAGUUGCUGCUCAUGACCACUCUGCUCUCUGGUAUGAAAAAGGGAAAUGUUAUGAAAAUCCAUGUGUUCAUUAAAUUGCUUCCUUGUUUUUUUUGUGGAACCUAAAUGCCAAAAACCAAGCAAUGUUGUAUAAUUUAAAACAAGAACUUAGUGAUAGAACGCUAACAUUGAUGUUAUGUGUUAUGACGUAAAAAUAACAUUAACAACAACAAUAAAGACAUUUUAAAAAUG